AUGGCUCUACGUGUGGCGACGGAGAAGGCAGCGUCUGCUUCCAGUCCGGCCGUAACGUUGUAUCGCUACAUCACCAAGCAGGUCCCACGUGUAUUGACGCUCUAUGACAUUCCAAUGGAACCAGCCGAGGCGCGUCUAGCAGUACAGGCGCUCUUCCGACAGCAUGCGGCUGUCAAGGACCCUCGUGUGGUGGAUAUGCUCAUUACGAAGGCCAAUAUGGAGCUAGAGGAGACACUCAUGCAGUGGAAACAAAAGGUCCAUUUGGUAAAGCUAUUGGAACACGGACAGACCUUGCGCACUCCAGCGCCAUUUGUGAAUUCAAUGGAGCAGACGCUCGACAAGUUUUACGCCGGUGUAGACGAUGAGGAAGACGAACUUUAA